UCCAGAUAGCGCAGUAUCGCGCAAUCGGAUUGCGUAUCACUGUUGUAUUAGGAACGUAAAUCAUAUAAAGCAAUAAUACAAAUAAUUGUUGACAAGAAUUUGUAUUAUAGAAAGUUCCGACUGAUCGUCGAAAGCUUGUGACAUUAAAAGAGAGUAACGAUCAGUGUCAAACGCAUGUUUGUGUGAUCUUAACCUCAACGUAACCUAUACGAUAUCUUUCGGUGAUCACUAUUCCGAGAAGAUGGCAAGUUGUUCGAACGUUCUCCUAACAAUUACUCGCGGUCAUAAAAACUAUACGAAAACAUGGCUGAAGGAUGCUGUCAGAUAUGAGAAAGUGAAAUAUCAUCCACGCACACCAGAUCACGUAGAUCCUCCAUUCACACCAUCAAAAGUUUUAAUGAUUGUUAGAGUAAAGCCUUUCAAGGGCAAUCCAUGGUGGAACAAAAUCAUACUUAAAAAAUAUGGACUCAAAGAGGAAGGGAGAGAACCAGCAUUUGUAAAGAAUACCCCAGAAGCGUGUGCUGAACUUUGGACAAUAAAACAUUUGAUAAAGAUCGUCCCUUUGAAAUUGCCUGAGAAGUUACCAGAGAUCGAUGAUAUGACAGAAUAUUACGUGCAUGAGGAUGGAUCGAUCCAUGUAACCGGAAAACUUGACCCGGUACGUUACAAAGCGACACAAGAUUAUCUUACUUCUCCAAAGAGAAUGGCGAUGGCCGAUAUCAGCGAAAAGCUUAGGCUAUUGUGGUUGAAAGGUGGCCUUAUAUAAAAGAAACAUCGACAUAAAUUCAUUACAUCUCGUACUUGUAAAUUAUAUUUAGGGAAUAAAGAAAUAGCGAUUGAACAAAUAAUA